AAGCCGAACAAAAGUCCUUCCAGCUAUCACACAACUUCUUGAUCCGCGCGAGGCAUCAUCAUGCUGAUCGGAAUACUGCUACUGCUGUUGCCGUUCCUCUCCGCGCAGGAGAUCGAGGACAUCCUCAAGAUCGAGGCCGAGUGUUUGGAAAGGACCCAAGAACGUAGCGUUUCAAUCGCGAUGCACGGCAAACUCAUAUCACCAGUCGAGUUGAAAUUCCAGAUAGUGACAUCCCCCAAAGAAGCGACCGACUAUUUCAUCAAUGAUUCAUUCAAAGAGUGCCAAUUCUACGAGUGCUUAGUAAACAAAUCCAAAGAAAAUGGGCCGGGACUUGUCGACUCGACAAUACAAGAAACAAUUAUGCAGCAUUACAAGAAUAAUAAUAUGGACAUCGGUCACAUCCGAAAGUGCUUCGACCGCUCGACAACCAUGACUGGAUAUCAAGAUGAAAGCAAAAAGAAUAAUCAUUUGAUCGAUAUAAACGGAGAAACUGAGACAGUUUCAUCAUCGAAGUAAUGUUACCAAUGAUAUCGAAUGGAUGAAUAAUCCACACUAGGAAUAAUUAUAAGCAAAGUUGUAGAAAUAAAAGCUUGUACAUUUUUUUUUUGAUUUUUUAUUUUUUUACUUAAUUUACAAAAUUUUGGAACGAAAAUGAGAUGUCCGCCUUGAUGGCACUCGUCAGAUGUUUCAUCAUUGCGCAAAGUGCAAUUACAGUCACAGACAAUAAACG